CGACGCUCUCCCCAGAUGACUGAGCGGCGUUCUGUCGCCUUUUCUUUCUGCAACGGCUUAUUUGGACUAAUUAUCCUCCUUCACUCCGCGUGUGCAGCUCCCACCAGCUUCUUUCCUUCUUUCGUUCAAUGGGAAGCCGUAUUCAGUGAUCCAACUUCCCCUGGGAAAGGGAGACCACGGGAACGGGAGGGGGGAGCGAGGAACGACCCUUUCCUCCAGCCCUUCCCGGUGGAUCUUUCACUCGAUCUUCUUCGGAGGGGAGGAGAGUCUCCUCUGAGGCCGCCCGGAGCUCUCGCCUUCCAAUCGGCGCGAAGUUGUUGCUCGUUCUUUUCUGCAGCUCUGUCCAAAACUUCCGGGAACGCUGCUGGAGGGAAUCAGGAGCGGAAUUUCCGUACAGGAGGCGCCUUAACUUUCCUGGAGAGGGACGGGCUCUGUCGCGGCAGGAGUAGCAGAAGCACGUCGAAGGAACAGAGCUCCCCUAAAAUGGGCCUCCUUGAGUUGCUGCCCCUUUACACCUACGGCCUGGCGCUCGCUACUGUCCUGGCGCUUUGGGCGCUCUGUGUUUUCUGCCGGAGGAAAAGGAGACCAGGGGAGCCUCCCUUAAUAAAUGGUUGGCUUCCUUUCUUGGGAGAAGCCCUGAAGUUUAGAAAUGAUGCUACCAAGCUUUUAUUAUCUUUGCAACAGAAAUAUGGAGAUGUGUUUACCAUACAUAUUGCAGGCAGAUAUAUUACAUUUCUAAUGAACCCCCUGCAGUUUGUUUCUUUGACCAAAAACAGCAAGUAUCUGGAUUUUAGAGAACUUGCUAAUCAAAUAUCGAGCCAAGCAUUUGGCCACACAUCCAUCCUAAAUCAGAACUGGCCAGACAUGAAUGAAAAUGUGCACAGGGCUUAUCAGUAUCUUCUAGGCAAGCCAUUGGAUGUACUCUCUGACAACAUGAUGAAAAACCUCCAGUGUCUAUUUGAGAAGAGAUUCUCACAAGCAACAGACUGGGAAAUGGAGAAAAUGCACAAAUUCUGCUUCUCCUUAAUAUUUGAAGCCAGUUUUGUAACACUAUAUGGAAGAGAUCCCAUUGCAGAUGGCUACAGUGUUACUGAUGCAGUUGGAGACAAGUUUAAGAAGUUUGAUGCCAACUUUUCCUAUUUAGCCACAAAUGUACCCAUUGAAUUGCUAGGUGCAACCAAGAGGAUACGGAAAGAACUAAUCAGUAUGUUUUUGCCUAAAAACAUGGCAAGAUGGUUGGGGACUUCAGAAGUGGUCCAAUACAGAAAAGAUGUAUUUGAUAUGUAUGAGUUGCUUGGAGAUUACGACAAAGCAGCACAUCAUUUUGCCUUCAUGUGGGCCUCUGUGGGAAACACGAUUCCAGCUACAUUCUGGGCCAUGUAUUAUCUUCUGCGGCACCCAAAAGCUCUUGCAGUGGUGCGUGACGAAAUUGACCAUUUGCUACAGUCAACAGGUCAAGAAAGGAGGCCUGGAUACCACAUCCGCCUCACCAGAGAACAAUUGGACAACCUGGUCUACCUAGAAAGUGCUAUAAAUGAGAGUUUCCGACUGUGUUCAUCUUCCUCCAACAUUCGCAUUGCCAAGGAAGAUUUUAUUCUCAAGCUUGAAGAAAAUCAGGAAGUCAACUUAAGAAAAGGAGACUGGGUAGCAAUUUAUCCUCCAGUUCUGCACAUGGACCCUGAGGUCUAUGAAGUUCCUAAGAAAUAUAAAUUUGAUCGUUUCAUAGAGGAUGGCAAGAAGAAAACCACCUUCUACAAACAUGGAAGGAAGCUGAAAUACUUUCUGAUGCCUUUUGGCUCUGGAAUCAGCAAAUGUCCUGGCAGGUUCUUUGCAGUGAAUGAAAUUAAGCUAUUUUUGGUUUUAUUGCUGACAUAUUUUGAUGGGGAAAUAAUGGAAGAGAAACAAGUUGGACUGGAUAAGAGUAGAAUGAGCCUCGGUAUCCUCAUGCCAGACACUGACAUUGCCUUUCGUUACAGGCCAAGAUCUUAAUACACUAAUCCACUAUUUACAUUACAAAUAUCCUACUCAGAUUUUGUUCCAUCCUUUACACUACAAUAUUCAUAUCUUUCAGGUGUCUUUACAUUAUGAUUGAUCUUCCUGCCAAACUAUGUUUUAAUGUGAGUAAAAUGUUCUAUUUUUACAAAUUUUCCAUCAACAUCAGUGUCUUUGGUGUGGCUAUUGCUUUUUUAGCUCUGCUAAUGAAGCAGGUGCUAUAUGGCAGGGCAGGAGAUCUGGAGGCCCACCUGUUGAGUUGGGUGGUGUAGGUGCUUGGACUGACAAAGUACCUUUGGCUUGCUCUUCCCCAAACAAUCCUCUCUCUGUUAUUUUUAUGCCACCUAUUACUUGUAAGAAAAGUACCUGACAUCAACAAAACUUGCUUUUGAUGUCAAUUUACUCCUUUUUCACAAAUUCAUCCAUUUGUAUUCAACAUAGAAUCUUAUCUGGGAUUUUAAUCUUUUCUAGUUGAGAACUAAUAUGGUGGAGGGACUAAAACAGCCUUUCCCAACUAGUGGGCCACCAGGUGUUGUUGGACCACAACUCCCAUCAGCCUCAGCCAGCAUUGCCAAUGGUCAGGAAAGAUGGGAAUUGUGGUCCAACAACAUCUGGUGGCCCACUAGUUGGGAAAUGCUGGACUAGAGGAUUUGUUUUGUUUUGCUUUGUUCUGAAUGUUUGGGGGGAAUUAACAUUUUUCUCCAUCUCUUAUUGCCCAACCCCAUUCCUUACAUUUCUCCCUGUCAUUGUGUAACCAUAAUAUUCAGUAUUGUUUGCACGGACUAAAAAAAAUAUUGUGAUAACCAACCCUUAGUUAGUCAACGCUUACAGAAACAUAACUGUACUGAAUGUCACAAUAUUAACAUCUGUAGGAAAGGACUCAAGGACAUAUCCAUAUAUGUUGUAGAUUUUCAAGAAAUGUGUUGUUUCAUAGCAUAUUCUGCAUGAAUAAAUAAUCACCAUUUAGUGAGAGGAAUCUGUGGCCUUCCAAAUGUUAUUGGACUACAAUUUCCUCCUGACCAUUGGCUGUGCUGGCUGGGGCUGAUGGGAGUUGUAAUCCAAACACAUCUGUGGUUCCACAAUCCUUGAUUUAGAAUAUCACAAAUACCUGUGUCGGGUCAUAUUUAUGUGGAAUCAUCUUUAUGAACAUAAACUCCCUUGCUGCUAUUUCACCAUUCAGUGUACUGCAGUGAUCUUUAAGCUCUGGUCCAUGGACUGUUACUGGUCUGCAAUGUGAUUCCAAGUGGUCUGCAAGAUCAUGAUAAAAGUAACAGAAGUGAAUAGGCCUAAAUGCCCUUUUGAUGCAAUGACAUACACUAAAUUUAAACUGAAAAUUUAUUCCAAUCAUAGUGUCUUAACAGACUUGUUCCAGAUCAUGUGCAAAUCUCAUAAUGCAGAUCUUCUCUUUCCCCUGCACAUUUAAUGCAGCUGCAUCAGCAUGCAGAGGGAGCUAGGUUUUAAGUUGGAACCUUCUCCAGUGGCUCUCCAAUGUGGCCAGUAAUAUAGGAAUCUGUGGUCAUCUAAGAAAUUAUCUGCAGCACAAGAUUUAGGAAAGUCUGAAUUAAUGGACAAACUAUUUGUCACUAUUGAUACUCCUGCACUUUGAAAUAGGCUUUGUUUUCUCAUAUAACUUUCAUGUCCAUAUUAAGCCCUGAUAAUAUUGUAAGACUGGACAAACACUACAGCCACUACAUAUGCAGUCAUAGCUCCUAGCUAUUACACCUUAUUAGCUUGAGUAUAGACACUGUUGUAUAAAUGUGGGCUGUAAAAUGCCUCCUCGUAGAAUUAUGAUCAAUCCUUCUUUGGCAUCCUUUUUGUUAGCAACUGUCAAAAAUAAAAAGCAGGUACUUGUUUUCAACACGACCCAUAUUUUGAUUCACACUGUGCUUUUAGGAUUCUAGUUUUAAAUAUGUGUUGGAAUAUAAUGCGAUAUGACGUUAUGGCACUUUGUCAAAUACAAAGGCAAAGUAUACAUUACAUUAAUCACUGAUCUGUAGCUGAAGUGUCUCUGUGGGAACUAAUAGUAGAGGAUUUGUAAAUGUACAAAUGAAAUCUAGGGAAGAGAUCUCCAAAAGCACAAUUGGCUGCUAGGUGCCCGCCUGCCAUUCAUAUCCUGUCUGCAUAUAGAAACAUACUGGGAAGUGCUAGACAGAGCCCCAACCCUGCAGAAUAGACUCAUCAGAACUUAAAAUAGAUUUUGCUGAAAUGCUUAUGACUGAGUCUUGUCUUUUUAUAACUGGUACCAUUUUACCAGCUCAUGAGCUUCUAAAUUUGUGGAAAUUCUUUCAGUAAUUUUGCUCUGUAACUUAAAUGGCAGAUUUUGCUCUAUUAGUUCCAUGGCAGGCAGGUCAUGGCAAGACCCUGUCCUUCCACAGAAGGACAGGUAGUAUGUAACAGGAUUUUUGUGAUAGGAGAUAAUGGAGUCUUCUUUGCUUGCUGCCAUUUGUGUCCUCUUAAGGAUACAGGAACACAUUCCAGGUAAGCAUGUGCAAACUUUACAAGGCAAUGAAGCUAAAGUGUAAGUGUAUGUUAUUAUAAUCCUCUUGAGCAUUCACAAAAAUCAAGAAGUUCAGUAUAAGUGAAGGUAAAACUUACAGGUUGUAUUCAGUGUAGUGCUAAGAAAAUUGUUCUGCUGGCCUGAUGUAACAAUAUCCCCUCUCCUUCCCCCUCCUUGUGCACUGGGGUUUCUCCCAACCCUCCCAAGCAGAUUUGAGGGAGGAGAAAGUCCUAUUGUGCUAGCGGGCAUCUUUGUGCUGGCUUCCACUAGUGCAACAAGUUUGUUACAUAUGGCCCUUUGUUUCAGUUAGCAUGUAUAGAUGUUAAAAUCUUACAAACUGUCAUUCAUGAAAUCUGUGAUCCUUAAUUUUUUUGUAGGAUUAGACAAUAUUAACAUUACAAUCCUAUACAUGUUUACUCUGAAGUGAGGCUUACUGUGUUUAACAGGACUUACUCCCAGGCAAGUAUUUAUAGGAUUGCAGCCCAAAUGUCUUCAGGAAUUUUCACUUAGUCAUAUGAAAAUGAGAGGCACAAUAAGUUGAGCACAUCUUAAAUCAUUUAUUUCAGAUACAGGAUGAAGCAUGUGCAUGCUUUAAUUUGUUUUUCACUGACUUUAGUUGGACUUUACUUAUAGUUGGACUCAGCAGUGCUUAACUUUGAUUGGAUCAUCCCCUAGGGUGUAUGUAUAUUAGCCACAUCCUAGAAGGACAUUUUUAGAAGCUGAUAUAAGUUGUAUCAAAUCUUUAAAGCCAAAUUAUGUAAUGAUAUUUUCUGAUUUACUAUUUUUAUACUAAUAAAAUAUCUGAUGUCAUAAA